AUGGAUGCCGUGGACUGCAUGCUUGCCACUGUAUAUCGACCAACGCCCUCCACGGAGGAAUGGUUGCCGAAGCACACUGAGAGCCUUUGCACGAAGAACCAGAAGAACACAAAAAGACCAAACAAGCGUCUGAGGGCAGAGGACGGAAAGAAUUCUGCUCUAGGGGAUGAAGAGGAAGGAGCAAGACCGGAUGUUGACGCUGAAACGAACGAGGUUAGAGAGAUUGGCAUUGAAGGGGAUGAGGAGGACGCCGAUGCUGGAUUCAGCGGGUUUGGAGAUGACAUUGGCCGUGCUCUGGCUGAGGCAACGGAGGGAACUGGAGAAGAAGCUCAGGGUCAGCAAGCCCUUCACAACGUCCUCGUCGACUGGAAGAUGGAGAUGAGUUUGCGACCGAAGACAACAGGGUAG